GAUGGGGAGGAGGCUCUGGAAAAUGACUCGGAACACGACUCGGAAUGGGAAACGGACGACGACGACGAGAACGCGCCCUUCGAACCUCGGCCGUGCGAGUCCCUCUUCGACGGCGCGGAGCUCGACACGGUGCACGAUAACGUGGAGUACAUGCGCAGGACGCACGGGUUCGUGUUCCCGUACCGAGGUAACCUCAAGGAUCCCGAGGGCAUCAUCGGGUACCUCCAGCGGAAGAUUUACAGGGGGCGCCAGUGCGUGUUUUGCGGUCGAAAGUUUGGCAGCCUCGAGGGCGUCCGCGGGCACAUGCGAGACAAGGGCCACGCCAAGAUCCGUUUCGAACCCCCCGAGGUGUUCAAGGC